UCGGAGGGGAUGUACAAGGGAGUUGACCCUGGGUGGAACGCAUGAAGUAGGGGGGGAGGUGCGGGGCGUGAAGUUCCUGCGUCUUUUGAGACUGGAGCCAGCUGAGGGACAAAUAAGGCAGCGGAACAGAAAUUGGGCCCCUACCGGAUUUGAGUUCGUUUCAGUUUCCAAGUUCUGGGUGUGAGAACUUAAGAGCUCCGUUGACCAGGAAUAGCCUGUGCUGAAGCUGAUCUGCCACUUCCAGCACUCCUAGUUGGGAAGAGAAACUGCAGUGGUGCUGUUGUCCCCACAGGAGGUCUGUCCACACCCCCUCUGUGCCGCACCCUCUUUUAACACCGUUCCCAGAAGCUGGGGAAAGGAAUACUUUUGCCCUCUCCCAUGGCCUCUGGAACCAGUGGAAACCUUUCCUCUAACCAGAAGGCCUCCAUACCUUUAUUCACCAAGGAUCCUUGGCGUGCAGUCUUCCUCCCCUCUCCCAAAUCUCCCUUUUCUGUGAACUUUUCCCCCUGGACUUUACUAAAGCAGAACCUCCCAGCUUUCUGCUGUCUCCAGUUGUCUCUUCCUUGUACUCAUGGCGACAUCAGCUACUGGCCCCAGUUCACCUCUCCGAGCAGAGGAUCUCCUGAGUGAUUCCUCAGAAGUCCCUGGGCUGAACCAAGCGUCCUCUGAGGUGACCUCCCAGCUCUAUGCGUCUUUGCGCCUCAGCCGGCAGGCAGAGGCCACAGCUCGAGCCCAGCUGUAUUUACCCUCCAACUCCCCACCUCCUCAUGAGGUGUUAGAUGGCUUGGCCCAAGAGCUGAGUCACAGCUUGUCAGUUGGAUUGGAGAACAACCUGAAGAAAAAGGAUGGUUCUAAGCACAUCUUUGAGAUGGAAAGUGUUCGAGGUCAACUCCAGACCAUGCUCCAAACCUCACGUGAUUCAGCCUAUCGAGAUCCCCUCACUGCAGGUGCUGGCUCAGAGAGACGAGAAGAGGACUCCUUUGACAGUGACAGCACUGCCACCUUGCUCAACACUCGGCUCCUGCAAGACUUAUCUUCAUCUAGCUCAGCCCAAGCCCUGGAGGAAUUGUUUCCCCGCUACACUAGCCUUCGGCCAGGGCCCCCACUCAAUCCCCCGGAUUUUCAGGGGCUGAAAGAUGCACUGGAUUCAGAGCAUACCCGUCGCAAGCAUUGUGAGCGCCAUAUUCAGAGCCUGCAGACCCGAGUGCUAGAACUACAGCAACAAUUAGCAGUGGCUGUGGCUGCUGACCGCAAGAAAGAUAUCAUGAUUGAACAACUGGACAAGACCCUGGCCCGAGUGGUGGAGGGUUGGAACCGGCAUGAGGCUGAGCGGACAGAGGUGCUUCGGGGACUUCAAGAGGAACGCCAGGCAGCAGAACUCACCAGAAGCAAGCAACAGGAGACAGUAACCCGCCUGGAACAGAGCCUUUCUGAGGCCAUGGAGGCCCUGAAUCGUGAGCAGGAAAGUGCCAGGCUGCAGCAACGGGAAAGAGAGACACUGGAAGAAGAAAGGCAAGCUCUGACCCUGAGCUUGGAGGUAGAACAGCGGCGGUGCCAUGCCCUGCAGGAAGAACGGGAUGCGGCUCGGGCUGCGCAACUCAGUGAGCAUCGUCAGUUGGAGACUCUUCAGGCUGCCCUAGAAGAAGAACGGCAGACCUGGGCCCAACAAGAGCACCGGCUUAAGGAACAUUACGAGGCACUUCAGGAGGAAAGCCAGGCUCAAUUGGAAAGGGAGAAGGGGAACAGCCAGAGGGAGGCUCAGGUAGCCCGGGAGGCCCAGCAGCAGUUGGCAUUGGUGCAGUCUGAGGUGCGGCGGUUGGAAGGAGAGGUGGAUACAGCUCGGAGAGAGAGAGACGCCCUGCAGCUGGAAAUGAGCUUGGUGCAGGCCCGGUAUGAAAGCCAGCGGAUCCAGAUGGAGUCAGAGCUGGCUGUGCAGUUGGAGCAGCGGGUGACGGAGCGGCUGGCGCAGGCUCAGGAGAGCAGCCUACGGCAAGCAGCCUCCCUGAGGGAACAUCACAGGAAGCGGCUGCAGGACCUGACUGGACAGCACCAGCAGGAACUGGCCAGUCAGUUGGCUCAGUUCAAGGUGGAAAUGGCAGAACGAGAGGAACGGCAGCAGCAGGUGGCUCAGGACUACGAGCUUAGACUGGCCCGAGAGCAAGUGCGAGUGCGAGAGCUGCAGAGUGGGAACCAACAGCUAGAGGAACAGCGGGCGGAGCUGGUAGAGCGACUCCAAGCCAUGCUGCAGGCCCACUGGGAUGAGGCAAACCAACUGCUUAGUGCCACUCUCCCGCCUCCUAACCCUCCAGUUCCUCCUGCUGGCCCCUCCAGCCCUGGACCUCAGGAGCCAGAGAAGGGGGAGAGGAGGGUCUGGACUAUGCCUCCGGUGGCUGUGGCCCUGAAGCCUGUAUUGCAGCAGGGCCGGGAAGCAAGGGACGAGCUGCCUGGAGAGCCUCCUGUUCUCUGCAGCUCCUCCUCAGAUCUUAGCCUCCUGCUGGGCCCCCCUUUCCAGAGCCAGAAUUCCUUCCAGCCCCUAGAGCCCAAACCAGAUCUCCCUCCAUCCACAGCUGCUGGGGCUUUCUCCUCUGCACUUGGAGCCUUCCAUCCUGAUCACAGGGCAGAACGGCCAUUCCCUGAGGAAGAUCCUGGAUCCGACCAGGAGGGCUUCCUAAAGCAAGGGCUGCCACCUACUUCUCAGCUGGAUGGCCUCAAGAAUUUUUUGCACCAGCUGCUGGAGACAGUACCUCAGAACAAUGAGAACCCAUCUGUCGACCUGCUGCCCCCAAAGUCUGGUCCUCUGACUGUCCCCUCUUGGGAGGAAUGCCCUCAAGUGCCACGUCUUCCACCCCCUGUCCAUAAAACUAAAGUUCCCUUAGCCAUGGCGUCUAGUCUUUUCCGGGUCCAUGAGCUUCCCUCAUCCCAUUUACAAGGCAGUGGUCCCAGCAGUGGCUCCCCAGAGAGAGGUGGAGAUGGGCUUGCAUUCCCAAGGCAGCUGAUGGAGGUGUCGCAGCUGUUACGACUCUACCAGGCUCGGGGCUGGGGGGCCUUGCCUGCCGAGGAUCUGCUGCUCUACCUAAAGAGGCUGGAACACAGCGGGACCGAUGGCCGAGGGGAUAAUGUCCCCAGAAGGAACACAGACUCCCGCUUGGGUGAGAUCCCCCGGAAAGAGAUUCCCUCCCAGGCUGUCCCUCGCCGCUUUGCUACAGCCCCUAAGACUGAAAAACCUCCCACCAGGAAGAAAAGUGGGCACCCUGCCCCUAAUAACAUGAGGAGCCGGGGGGGAGUCUGGAGAUGAGCCCCUUGCCCUUCUCCUCCUCUUUGUUCCCUUCUUCUUCUUGUUAUUAUUUUAAUAAAUGAUCAAUAGUCUGUA